AUGUUUGGCGCCGUCCCCACCCCCUCGUCGGGCGGCAUGGCCCUCGCCCAGUCACCCCUCUCGCUCGCCGGAAACCCGGCGGUCGGCGGCGGCGGCGAGGCCGGGCACUCCUCGUCCCCAGGCUACCCCAACUACAUGAGCCUCUACGCUGUGCAGCAGGGCAUGGCGGGCCUCUCCCUCGACGGCUGGGGCGCAGCGGCCGCCGCCUCUGCCGCCGCCUCGUGCGACGCGUAUGGGUACUCCGUGUUCGCGCCGCCGCCGCUGCCGGGCGCCGAGCCGGCGCACGGGCAGGGGCUUCUGCUGGGGAGCGCGUCCUCGCCGGCCGCGGCGAAGGCGGCCACGGCGGGCGGCGCGCAGCAGACGAGCAGCCCCACUGGCUCUGCCGGCCUGCAGCAGGAUGACCUCCGAACCGUAUUCGUGACAGGCUUUCCCCCUGAUGUGAGGGGCCGCGAGCUGCACAACCUGAUGCGUUACCUGCCAGGCUACGAGGCCUGCCAGCUGACCUGGAAGGGCGCGGAGCCGCAGGGCUUCGCGCUGUUCACCUCUGCUGCCGCCGCGCACUUUGCCGUGGAGCUCGUGGGUGGCGCCCACUUUGAUGACGGCGGCGCCCUCAGGGCAGAGCUGGCCGCCAAGAACAUGUCCAUCAAGGCGGACGACCCCACCAUCAUCCGCGCCUCCCAGCCCAGCCCCCUGCUGACCCCUGCGGAGCUCGCCGCAGCUGCGGGUCUGCCGGCCCCCUCCACCCCCAACUCUGCCGCUGUCGCCGCCGCUGCCGCCGCCACCGCCACCGCCCACAACACCGCCGGGCUCCUGCCCGGGUCGCCGCACGUGGGCGGCAGCCCGGCGAGCGCGGUGCCGCGGCAGUUCAAGGUGCCCCUGCGGCCACAGAGCUUCAGCCCCGUCACCAACCUCCGCGACAACCCGCCCUGCAACACACUGUUCAUCGGCAACCUGAGCGAUGGCGUCAGCGAGGCUGAGCUGAGGGCCCUCAUGAGCACACAGCCAGGCUAUAGGCAGAUGAAAGUGGUGAAGGGCUCGCGCAACACCACCGCCUUUGUCGAGUUUGCCAAUGUGGCCAGCGCCAUGCUCGUCCACCAGACGCUGCAGGGCGCCGUGCUGCAGUCCUCGGACCGCGGCGGCGUGCGCCUGCAGUUCUCCAAGAACCCGUUUGGCCGCCGCGACGACUGCCCGCGCGACCAGGGUGGCGCGCCGCCGCAAGCGCAGGCGCACGCGGCCGCCGCGGCAGCCGCCGCGAUGAGCGCGGCGGCGGCCGCUGCCGCCGCGGCAGCCGCAAGCGGCGCGGGCGGCAUGGGGCAGCAGCACCACCUGGCACACUUGGGCGCUGGUGGGGGUGUGGUGGUGGGGAUGGGCGCGCUGCAGGGCGGCGGCGCCGGCGCGCAGGGCCUGAUGCUCGGGACGUCCCAGCUGGGCGCUGCCGGCGCGGGCCUGCCUAUGUCGCCCCUCACCUGGGCCCUGCCGCUGGAGCAGCACCACAUGCAGGCGCAGCUGCUGCAGCCGCACCAGCAACACCUGAUGGCGGCCUCCGUGGUGCAGCAGCAGGCGGCGUUUUCGGCGUCGCAGGGGCUCGGCCACGCGGGCGGGUUUGCACACCACGGCAUGACUGGCGUGACGCCGCCAGGGCUGUGA